AUGGCGCUGCCCGGCUCCCUGUGGCUUCUGGCUGUGGCUCUCCUGCCCUGGUCCUGCGCCGCCCGGGCGCUGGGGCAUCUGGACCCGCCCGCGCCGCUGCCGCUGGUGAUCUGGCAUGGGAUGGGAGACAGCUGUUGCAAUCCCCUGAGUAUGGGUGCCAUUAAAAAAAUGGUUGAGAAGAAAAUACCAGGAAUUUACGUUUUGUCUUUAGAGAUUGGGAAGAACAUGAGAGAGGAUGUGGAAAACAGCUUCUUCUUGAAUGUCAAUCUUCAAGUCACAAUGGUGUGUCAGGUUCUUGCCAAGGAUCCAAAAUUGCAGCAAGGCUACAAUGCGAUGGGAUUCUCCCAGGGAGGCCAAUUUCUGAGGGCAGUGGCUCAGAGAUGCCCGUCACCUCCCAUGAUCAAUCUGAUCUCAGUUGGGGGACAACAUCAAGGGGUCUUUGGACUCCCCCGAUGCCCAGGAGAGAGCUCUCACAUCUGUGACUUCAUCAGGAAAACCUUGAAUGCUGGGGCUUACUCCAAAGUUGUUCAAGAACGCCUGGUGCAAGCAGAAUACUGGCAUGACCCCAUAAAGGAGGACGUGUAUCGCAACCACAGCAUCUUCUUGGCAGAUAUAAAUCAGGAGAGGAGUGUCAAUGAAUCCUACAAGAAGAACCUGAUGGCCCUCAAGAAAUUUGUGAUGGUGAAAUUCUUCAAUGAUUCCAUUGUGGACCCUGUAGACUCUGAGUGGUUUGGAUUUUACAGAAGUGGCCAAGCCAAGGAAACCAUUCCCCUACAGGAGACCACUCUGUAUACACAGGACCGAUUGGGACUAAAGCAAAUGGACAAAGCAGGACAGCUGGUGUUUCUGGCUACAGAAGGGGACCAUCUUCAACUGUCUGAAGAAUGGUUUAAUGCCCACAUCAUACCCUUUCUUCAUUGAAGCUUUUGCGGUUUACAAUACAGCUUGGGGAGCCCCUAACUCUUCCAAACCACGUGGAGGACAAUUUUCUCCAUGCCCAACCCUGAGCUCUGAUCCAGCCUGCAACUAAUCCUUCUCUCCUGUUAUCAUCUAACAUGCCCUACUUGGAAAGAUCUAAGAUCCGAAUCUUAUCCUUUGCCGCCUCCUAUUGCCAUAUGGUAUUGAAUUCCAUGUUUAAUUAGCUAAUAACCACGGAGAUUGUUUUUCAACCUUGUGAUGUGGUCAAGCUCAGUCUUAGGAAAGGGAGCCUACUGCACACAGUGCCAGAAUUGUACACAAGCCCAGAGACUGAAAAAAACCAAAGCAGACAUAGAUUCCGAGAGCAAACAUCUAGCCACAUUUCAAGCAAAUAGAAGGCUGGUAUUCAGGCGUGAGAUACUCACAUAAAUUCUUUCUUAGUGUUGCUGGUGCAAGUAAUGCUUGGAAAAGUAUUGCUUCAAUAUUGUUUCUGCAUCAUCUCUUAAGGUUAGAUUCCCCUUUCCUUCUUGUGGCACUUUAGGCAAUUACUACACAGAUUCCACUGGCCUACCAUCUUACCUCUGCAGAACUCGUUUGUCUCAUUUGGUGAUGUUAGUCCCCUGUCACAAAACGAGGGAAGUAGCACCCAACUGGGUUGCUUAAGAGAAGAAAUGUACAUCUUACAUUAACUUAGGACAGUGGGGUUGGGGAGGUGAUGAUGAAAAAACAGGAGUGGAAGUGGAAAUGAGGCAGCUAGUUCCUUCCAUUUCAUCCUUGAUUAACUGUCCUUAAUAUAACAGGUGGCCUGGAUGAGUCCUCUAUUGCUAGCUUUAGCCCAGAAUGGGAGGAACAAUAUAAAGAGAUAGGGCUUUUUAACUUUUACCCCCCAAAAUCAUUUUCUUCUUUUUAGUAUUAUCAGGGUAUGAACUCAGGGAUCUCAAGCUUGCUAGGCAGGUGCUCUACCACUUGAACCAUGCCUCUGGCCCCCAAAAUAUUUACCAGCAUUCUCUGAAAUGUUGUUCAUAUAUUCUGUGAGAAAGACUGUACUAAAGUUUGAAUAUUGCACAUUCCCCUUCUCCUCUUGGAGAUCAACCCACAUUAAGACUAAGGACUCUGAGCAUUCCUGAUGGCUAGAAAACUAACCUAUAUAUAAUUUUCUGUUCCUGUUAUUUUUACAAUUUUUCUUUUGCAACACUGGGGAUUAAACCAGGGCCUUAUACUUGCUAGGCAAACACUCUGCCACUUGAGCUAUGCUGCCAGCCCUUUUGUUUUUAUUUUGUGGUAGAGACAGAUCUCCCUAACUUUGCCAUAGCUGGCCUGAAAAUUACAAUUCUUCUGCCCCUGCCUCCUGUGUAGCUGGGAUUUAUAGAUGUGUGCCAUCACUCCCAGACCUAUUUCCUACAUUAUUUGAACAUGGAAAAGUCCCCCACUUUUUGGAUGACUUCUGUAGAAUGGUAGUUUGGAGAAAUGAUUAUGUUUUCAUGAAAGUACCUUUUUAGUGCUGCAGGGUUUACCUGUUAUCAUUUCCCCUUUUCCUCUCUCAAGCUAAGCUUAUUAUUCAACUAAAAGUUGAGCAUUAGGGCAAGAAGA